UAUAAAUAUGCUCUAAAACAAAACGUGAGGACAUACCUUGCAGGGACCACUAUUUUUCCUCAUUUUUUUCACUGAAAAUUUUCUUUUCGCCACCUCCAAAGCAGCAGCAACAUCCAAACCGUAUUCUCAAAAUAGUUUAGCUCAACUGAUACAAAUUCACACCAUAUAUAUAAAGCAUUCGAUUUGAAGGAGGGGAACAUUAUAAAUCAAACUUCCACACCAAUCCUCUCAUUCUAAUUUGCCCUCUCUAAAACCAGGUUUUAUGGCUCGAUUGCCAAUUCAAAAGAAGAUGCACUUGGCCACUGUUUUAACUUUGCAAAUGAUGGAAAUGGAAAACAUGCUUCUCAUGAUGAUUUUCAUUGCAAUUUGUUUACUUAUUAAGAGAAGUAAUAACAGGAGAGGAAUUAGCUACGCUCAUAUGUUCAAUAGGAGACAUAACUUAAGGACAUUGAAUUUGUGGGAGAUGGCUUUUGAGAACGAUACUUCAUGUGUUGAUAAUUGUAGAAUGGAUAGGCGUGCCUUAAAAAAACUAUGUUAUUUGCUUAGAACCGUUGGUAGAUUGAGGGAAAGCAGGAACAUGAGCAUUGAAGAAAUGGUGAUAUCAUUUCUUCAUAUCAUUGGACACAAUAUAAAGAAUAGGGUUUUGAAACGGCAAGUGGCAAGGUCAGGUGAAACAGUCAGUAGACAUUUCCAGUCUGUUUUAAAUGCUGUUAUAAGACUGCAUAGCAUAUGUUUUAAGAAACCAGAACCAAUACCAGAGACUUGCAUGGAUGAGAGAUGGAGAUGUUUUAAGGGUUGUUUGGGUGCAUUAGAUGGUACAUUCAUCAAGGUUCAUGUUACUGCGGAGGCGAGAGCAAGAUAUAGAACAAGGAAAAGUGAAAUUGCUACUAAUGUCUUGGGUGUUUGCACACCAGACAUGCAAUUUAUAUACGUGUUACCAGGUUGGGAGGGCUCUGCUGCAGAUGGUAGAGUACUCAGAGAUGCAAUUAAUAGGAAACACGGAUUGAAGGUUCCACAAGGGAAUUAUUAUCUUUGUGAUGCUGGAUACACAAACGGUGAAGGAUUUUUAGCACCAUAUAGAGGUCAAAGGUACCAUUUGAGCGAGUGGAAGCAAGGUGCCCAACCUGUAAAUGCCCAAGAAUACUACAAUAUGAAACACUCUCAAGCAAGAAAUUGCAUUGAGAGAUGUUUUGGUAUUUUAAAGAAAAGAUGGGCGGUUUUGAGAGAUAAAUCAUUUUAUCCAUUAAAAACUCAAUGCAGAAUCAUCACUGCGUGUUGCAUUCUUCACAACUUCAUUAGAUCUGAGAUGUCCAUUGAUCCUAUUGAGGCUGAGCUUGAGAGCGAUACUGAUGAUGAUUCUGGUGAUGAUGAGGAGUUGAUAAGACAUUGUGAGCCUAGUGUUGCUUGGACUGAAUGGAGAGACAAGUUAGCUGAUGAUAUGUUCACUUCUUGGACAAAUAAUUAAUAGUGAUGCUUUAUUAAUGUCGUUUACUAUUUCAGCUUUAUUUGGACACAUAAUUAUUAAUGUCAUUUACUAUUUCAACUUUAUUUGGACAAAAAACUACUAAUAUGCUUUAUAUAUUCGUGUUGUAUUUGUAAUCUGUUCUGUUUAAUUUUAAUUCCUCUUUGUUAAUUAAA